GGUUUUGUUUAGUGAGAAAACAUCGAUCAUAGGUCCAUUACUGUCGAAAAUGGCUCCGAAGCGCCGCUCAUCAUCCAGGUUGAUGGUGAAGACCACCAAGCAAGUUGUCAAGGAAACUGUUGAAGUCUCUGUGGUCCAAAGUAAGAAGAGGCAGAAGAAAGUGAAUGAUGAUGAACUACAAGAGUCACCCAAUAGUACAAUUGACAUCGAAACCAAAGAAGAAAACCAGACCGAGAAAAUUGAAGUCUCGGUUGACAAAAAGCCAGCCAGGAUUGUUGCCAUUGAAAGCCAAGAAGAAAGUGAAACCCCAACUGGUGAACAAGACAAAGGGCCAGUCAAGGUUGUUGCCAUAGAAACCCCACAAGAACAAGAAGGUGCGACUCCAAAUGUUGAAGAGACACAGCCAGAGGAACAAGGCACAGAUCCAAUUGACAAAGAGCCAGUCAACAAGGAUGUUGCCAUGGAAACUGAACAAGAACAAGAAGAAAGUGAAACGCAAAACUUUGAAGAAGAUAGAGAGCAGGCCAAGACUAUUUCCAUGGAUAUCCACGAAGAAAGUGGAACACAAAAUUUUGAAGACAAAGAACCAAAGGAGACCCCUAUGACUCCUGAGAAGAAAGAAGACAACCAAGCAUCCAAGGGUGAAGAGGAGAAGAGUGAUGAUGUCAAGCAGACCGGAGAAGGAGGGGAGAAGAAAGAAAAGAAGAGAAAGAGGAGAUCAACAGGGAAGAAUAGAGAGGGAGGAGAGGGGUAUAAGAGGUAUGUGUAUAAAGUGUUGAAGCAGGUGCACCCUGAACUGGGGAUGUCAGCAAAGGCCAUGGUGGUUCUCAACAAUUAUAUGAAUGACAUGUUCGAGAGGCUAGCUGAUGAGGCAGCAAAGCUGGCCAUGUACACGGCGCGAAAGACUCUGUCUUCGAGGGAGAUUCAAGGGGCAGUGAAGCUGGUUUUGCCUGGAGAGCUUGGGAAACAUGCCAUGGCAGAAGGGACCAAGGCUGUGAGCAACUACUUGUCCAAGAAUGAAGCAAGGUGUAGAGAUAGUUAUUGACCCUCGAGAAACAACACAAGAUUAACCCAGAUCAAAGACCCGAGAGGUGAUCAUUUUCCUGAAUGGCACAUUAGGGAAACUAGCUCUCCGGUGAUCAUUUUCCUGAAUUUCC